GCAGGGCUUUAUGUCGAGGAAAGGUGGGGGUGGGUUGCUGAGUGGCGAACAAGAGUACGUCAUUCUAGUGAUUAGUUCUGCCGAGAGCUGUGAGCUGCCUGCUGGGAGGGUGUGGUGAGGUACAUAGGUUAAUCUCACACCCGCCACGCGCGCUCCUAGCGUCAAGCGCGGUCCGUGCGAGGGGAGACCACCAGAAGCAAGGCUGUUGGCGGCAGAAGCGUGGUUCACCGAGGCCUUGCCGGCCGGCCAGCGACACUGUGGAUAAUAAUCCUGCCACCUCCUCCUCCUGCCUGCUGCUCUCCCAGCAACACACGCUCUCCGCAGUUCUUGGAGCUCAAAAGUCAAAGAUGUGGCGGUGCUCCGGUCAAGCUGUGGGCACGUGUAGCUACUGCGGUCAGCGGAAGUAUCCCAGGACAUGCCGCACCAAGACCAGCAGGCGCCACAAAGUUUUGUUGGCGGGAAUGAUUUUUGUCACCAUCCACCUGGCGGACUGCGCGGGCUCCAAGGAUAUGGUCAGCGUCUCUCCCGAGGAGCAGGGUCGUCGAAUAGCGGAGCAAGAGCUGGCAUGUCUCACCUCCAUUCUCGACAACCCUCCUCUCUACAGUAAUGGUUCCCAUUGCCCACCUGUCUGGGACAAGCUCAUGUGCUGGCCAGCCACCCCGGCUGGCACCACGGCGGUACAGGCCUGCCCCAACUACGUCAACCUCUUUCGGUCUGACGAAAACGCCACGCGUACAUGUACGGAGGACGGGCUGUGGUUCGUCAACCCUCUCACCAACGAGACAUGGACCAACCUGACCAUGUGUCUGAUGCCAGACCGCCCGCACUUCCCUGAGAAAUUGAGGACUCAUCUAGGUCACAUCCGUCUGAUGUACAACAUUGGUUAUGGAAUCUCGCUGGGUUCGCUUGCACUGGCCGUGCUUAUCAUGCUGUGUCUCAAGAAGUUGCACUGUCCUAGAAACACCAUCCAUCUGAACCUCUUCGCCUCGUUCAUCUUGCGAGCCUCUGUCUCCUUCAUGAAAGAGAAUCUUCUGGUUGCUGGUCUUGGAUUCCCAUCGGACGUCAUCCAGACCCCGGACAGUGUGUUCUUUUUGAACCAAAACAGUCCACAUUGGGAGUGUAAGCUGUUCUUCACCUGCUUCCACUAUGUGCUGGGCGCCAACUACAUGUGGAUAUUCGUGGAGGCCUUGUAUCUCCACAUGCUCAUCUCAGUCGCAGUCUUCUCCGAACGGUCUGGCAUCAAGUUCUACAUUAUAUUCGGUUGGGCUUCUCCAUUGUCAUUUGUGAUACCCUGGGUAAUCGUGAGAGCGACUCUAGAGGAUGAGCUUUGUUGGAACACGCAUCCGAACGAAGGUUAUUUUUGGAUAAUGAGAGCUCCCAUCGUUCUUUCAAUAAUAUUAAAUUUUGCUUUGUUCCUGAGCAUCAUCCGGGUACUGUUCACCAAACUCAAUGCUGUCAACUCGCCAGAGGCUAAAAAAUUCAGGUACAGUAAUAGAAGCAAAGAAGUUUCGGAGUACUUCGAUCAAGUCUCAUGCUUUUCUCGGUGCAACACCAAACGCAGAAAGCUUGCAAAGUCCACCUUGGUGCUGAUUCCAUUGUUUGGUGUCCACUACAUUGUGUUCCUGGGCUUGCCCCACCACAUCGAUGAGCGGGCAGAGUUGGUGAAGCUGUACUUCGAGAUGUUCUUCAACUCGGUGCAGGGCUUUUUUGUGGCGCUCCUGUUUUGUUUCUUGAAUGGAGAGGUUCAAAGCGAGGUCCGCAAAACAUGGCAUCGAUUCCGCCUGACCCACCAGCGCAGCUUCCAUCCUCGAGGUAGCGGUCGUUUCCCCAACUGCAACACGCUGACCUCCUACAUGUCACGCACGCGCGAGAGCCUGGGUUCGCUGCACGUGCACGACAUGCGUGGCAGGCCCGAUGGGCGUGCGUGCAACGAUACCCUAAUAGAUGAGACUCCCCUCACCUCCAUCGAAGCCGCGGAGCGCCAACCUCUGGCUAAUGGGAAACCUUCUCACUUCCACUCCCUGGAGGACCAGCCUCUGGCCAGCAACGGCCUGCGAGAUUUUUGCCAGGGAAGAGUCGUUGACCGGUAUCAGUGCGAUGCCAGAGGCAAAUCGGAAUCAAUAAGCUAGAACUUUCCUCUGUUGUGUCUCUUUAAAGAGCUCAAAGAAAAAUCUGAAAAUCCCCAUUAGUUUUUAAUUUUCAAUCUGCUAGAGAGAGAUCAAACUGGAGAAGACAGGCGUUGGCUUUACGGAUGUCUUAGCAGCCGAAACAACCAAAAAGAUUGCAAAGCUGGGGAAUGAUCUGGAAGUGUAGUAGCUGUUGACGGAUGGUGCACGUUGCUUUCAGUUCCAGAAAGAGUCUUUGGGUCUUCGGUGCGAAACAGGUGCAUGGUAGAGUCCUCUGAAUUUUCUACCAACCUGCGAGGUUAACCCUGUUUGCCUACUGAGGCAACUUUUUGCUUGCGACAUAAUGCUGUCUCCAAACUAGCCUUUUCCACGACCAUUUCUACAACCCUGUUGAGGACAUCAAUGAACCCAUACCGUUAAAUAUUCUUGAAAUACAACAAUGAAACCAGCAAGCAGGAGACUCUGCAAAGACUGGAUAGAAGACAGCCAGUGGUAAGCUCGUAAUUAAAGUCCUCCCACAGUGAGAUAGAGUGUUUCAGUUAUGAACCCUUCUGUACCUCGCGUCCAAAUGCCUGAUGGCUGAGCUGUGACAUAUUAAUGAAGUUAAUCGAUUGUUCUGAAAUCAUUCCUAUGUCACGUGGAUCUUUGCGAUCGCUGGAAUUGUGGGAUGUGAAUGUGACCGUGCUUGCAAAAGAAAAAGAAAAAAUUUUCAAAUUGCUCAACAGGAAUUGUUUAAUUUCGAACUAAAAGCGAUUGCUUUUAUUUAGCCCCAAACACGGGUAUGACCUUUUUAUGCUGCGCUGACACUACGAAAGUUCUUUUGGUCAUGUCUACCUUUGUCAGAGACCCUCAGUAGUGGCUUACCGCACUUACUAGAAUAAACAACAACUAUUCUUCAACUUCAUCAGAAGAGGACCAGAAAGUCAUCCAGCGGAAGUCAUAAAUGUUUGUUCGCGAACGCUGAAGAAGCGCUGUUCCGAAGUGUCACAGGCAAACGAGGGAUGUCGUGGUUGGAGUCAGCUUCUAGAAGGGCAUUAGCCUCGUGCCAACUACCCAAACAGCACCAUAUGACGUUACGUGAUCACGUGACGUAGCCGCGGCAGGCGGGGUCAUUAAGGUGCAAGAAGAUGAUCAGCUGUAUGGUUGUACACAUCCCGUGUUUGAGCCAACGGGCCAUCAGCUGAGGACCUUACUGUGGUGUUCAGCAGCUAAGCUACGCAGGCUGUUGGUGUUCUUGGCUAGCAAGGUUUGCUGAUGACUCAAUGCAGUCAGUGUAGCUGGUCCUUUGCCUAUAUUGUGCUAUAAAUAGAGCACAAACAGGAAACGUUACUCUAUGUGUGUAUAAAGUGAACAAACAUUUUGAAAAAUUGGUGUAGUGUGUAAACAAUAAGAUACACAGUGAACUAUUUUUUGAGGUAAAAUAAUGGAAAACGGCGAAAUGUGUGGGGUUUUUUUUAAUAUACGAACAAAAGCGGAUCAUGCAGACAAACCUUCUGUAGGUUGUCUGCAAACGAACAAAUACGUCACAGGUGUGUCUUUACCGAGACUGGGACUCAAGUGAUAAGUACUGUGGAUCCUGGAAAGGAGAUACUGCUACCCAGUGCGGCACCUUGGUCAGACAUGAAAAAAAAACAGUUUCUGUUUGGUGUGAGCAGGCAACAACCGAUAUUAAAUUUUUCAUUCAACAAAUGCAUUCUGAGGAGGCUUGUUCAGAAGGGCAAGUCGAGAGAGACGCAUUUUGCAUGUUGAUAUUCAGUGAUUGGUUAGUUACAGGGUAAACAAGGAAAGCUCUGUGUCUGUGAAGCAAAUGACAGCACGAGAAUGAGAAUUCAUGAUCGCUUGCUAGAGAUUUAUAAUUCUUGAUGAUACAUUGCCAUGGUUGAUGUUUGUUUUAAAGCGCAUCUGCGGUUGUCGAUAUUUUCAUUCACAUAUUAUCUGUGUCACCUUUUAGUACUCUGUGUCACCCUGUGUUGCUCUGUGUUUCCCGGUUCCUAUCUGACGCAUGUUCGGGCAUUUAAAUUAUAUUCAUACAUUUAUUGUAUGUUUAGCCAUCUUGUGUUGAUUCAGAAAGCUACAAUGAUAUCACCAACUUGCACAGGCUCAUUUUUAAGUCGGAAUUUGUGAUGAAUACGAGGAAAUAAAAUAAAAAUAUAAAUAAAGGCCAGAAAAUAUUCAGUCUGAAGCACUUUAAUAAUUAAUAAAACAGCUCACGAUUUU